AUGCCUGUCAAGGUCUAUCGUUCGUCUUUCCCCGAUAUCAAGCCAGUUGAUAUCGACCUUGUGAAAUUCGUCUUCUCAAAUCCGAACAAUACGCCUGAGGAUCGACCGCUUUAUGUGGACGCGAUAACUGGAACCGUUCGCACAUUCGCUGAUGUGAAGCGGAGAACCAAGUCCCUCGCACAUGCGCUGAGAGAGCGAGGAACCAAACCAAGAGACGUCAUCGCAUUCUUCAGCCCCAACAGCGUUGACUAUGCCAUUACAUGUUAUGGCAUCAUGGGGGCAGGCGCAACGGUCUCCCCAGUGAGCGCGGCGUACACUCCAAUGGAGCUGCAGGCGCAACUGGAAACAUCCUCUGCCAAGAUUCUGAUCGCUCAUUCAUCGGUGAUCGAAAUCGCCGAGAAAACACUCAGGUCGAUGCCGCAUGUGCAACUGAUCCAAGCAAAUGGAGACCGUGAUAAGCAUGGAAACCCUACGGCGGAGUCUCUUGCCGCAACAAGUCCCGUGACCGAUCUUGUCAGCAUUGAGCCUAGUGAAUCAAACGAACGCCUGAGUUUCAUGUGCUUUUCCUCUGGAACAACAGGCCGUGCCAAGGGCGUGAUGACAACCCAUAGAAACAUGGUCUCCAACCUGCAACAAUGGCAUGUACACUUCCCAGAGGAUGUGGUUGGAAAUGCGACACAUGUGACGUUUCUCCCUCUGAGCCACAUAUACGGUUUGACCAAUUAUGUAUGUAUGAGCCUGCUGGUGGGAAAUACAGUGGUCGUUUUGCCACGCUUUGACCCUGAAGUGUUCCUAGAAAACCUCCAAAAACACAAGCCUGAGAUGUGUGUGGUGGUGCCGCCUGUGAUGUUGUUUCUGGCGAAGCAUCCCUUGGUGGAGAAGUAUGAUCUGAGCAGUCUGAAAAGGCUCGUGUCCGCGGCUGCACCUCUGAGUGUGGAGUUACGUCGGGAAGUCGAACAAAGGUUUAAGAAAUUAUACGGGACAAAAGUGUAUGGGCUACAAGCCUGGGGAAUGACUGAGACCAGCCCUCUAGCAACAGCUCUCCAUGUCUCACGCCUUGACAAACAACACACCGUUGGCAAUAUAACACCCAGCAUGGAGUUCCGUGUAGUCGAUCCAGAGACUAUGAAAGAUGUGGAAACAGAUUCCAAUGGCACCUCCAAACAGGGGGAACUAUGGUGUCGUGGACCGAAUGUCACCACAGGAUACUAUCGGAACCAGGAGGCAACGGACAACGGGUUUGCCAGAGAUGAAAACGAGAAGCUGUGGCUGCGCACAGGAGACAUCGGAACGAUCGAUAAGGAAGGAUUUCUUUCGAUCGUGGAUCGCAUCAAGGAACUCAUCAAGUACAAGGGAUUGCAGGUCAUUCCGUCUGAACUAGAAGGGAAGCUGCUGGAACACCCUGACAUCGCUGAUGCAUGUGUUGUUGGCAUAUGGGUAGAGGAACAGGCCACCGAACUUCCAGUUGGGUUCAUCGUGGUCAAACCGAGUGCUAAGGCGAAGAAAAACAAGGCUAUUAUCGACGGCGUUCAGAAAUGGCUGAACUCCAGAGUGGCAAAUCACAAGAAGUUGAGGGGUGGCUUGUAUAUCGUCGACGAGAUCCCUAAGAGUGCGAGCGGAAAGAUCCUGAGACGCCAGCUUAAAGACUCACUGAAGACGAAGUCGGCUGCUGCAGGAUCGAAAUUGUAA